CAAUUUCCAUAUCUACCCUUCUUUUUUGUAUUUUCCCUCUCUGGAGCGCGAUUUCCCCAACACUGCUGGAGAGCGUUCGGCAGAUUCGGGUUUUGUCAAAAUCUCAAACAUGGACGGCGACGCAGUCAUCGGAGUGGAAAACUCUGGUGGUGUUGCAGGCAACAACAAAAAGGUAGAUAAAAUGGCAGCACCUAGGAAGAGGCUUGCUGACAUAACCAACAUGCUGCAGCAGCCUAAACCAGCAAAGCUUGAUGCAAAGAAACAUUCCACUUCGUUUGACACCAAACAGUAUAUAGACAAGUUGCAAAAGGAAAAUAUGGCAUUGAUUCAAGCAUUAGCUGACAGAAAUAAAGUCAUUGAGUUGAGUGGAAUCGAGUUACAGAAACUAAGAAUCAAUUUGCAGAAAGUACAGCAACAGAAUUUGCAGCUGGCUAAGGCCAACACCCAAAUGUUGGCGGAACUUAAUUCAGGUAAAGAUAGGCUAAAGGCACUUCAGCAUCAGCUUGGAUGCAAAAAUGGUUUGCUUAAUGCAAAGAAACUAGAAAUGGAGAAAGCAAAAACAGUAACUCGUCAAACCUCUGGGAGUAAGUCCUUUCGCUUCUAUAAGGUAGAAACAAUCAAGCACAAAGAGGCUUGGGACUCCUCUCAAGCAGACAAGGGGGAUGAUGAUAAGCCUUGUGGUGCAAAGAAAAGGCGACAAUCGAAAGUUCAAUCUUUGGGCAAUCCUACUGUUAAGCCAGUUGAAGAUAAAGAUAAGGUUGAUAAUAAGAGGUCCUCUUCAAGAAGGCAAUCUGCUAGGUUUAAAUCUCAAGGGAAACCAUCAGAAGACUUGUUUGAAGUCGGCGAUACCAAAUUUCCCGUUUCUACUCUAGGUAAUGAUUCGGUGGUUGAAACCAGUCCAGCAUCAGUGAGUCUGUCAGACAAACAUGAACCUGAUGCAAAGAGUCUUUCCCCUGAAAGUGAAGCUCAAGAUUCUGGAAGGUCAUCAAUUGAAAGGCCCUCAUGUCAAGCAGCAGCUAAGAAGGUUCAUUCAUCCAGGGAAACUUCUCUUAAGGUUGAAGCUAAAGAUAAGGUUGAUCAUAAGAGGCGCUCCUCAAGAAGGCAAUUGGCUAGGUUUAAAUCACAAGGUGAACCCCCUGAAGACGAGUUUGAGAUUGAUGACACCAAAUUUCCUGUUUCUACUUUAGGUGAUGAUUUGGUGAUUGAAAGCAGUCCAUCAUCAGUGACCGUAGCAGCCAAAGAUGAGCCUACUGCAGACCAUUCUUCCCCUGAAGGUGAAGCUCAAGAGUUUGGAAGGCGAUCAAUCGGAAGACUCUCACGUCAAGCGGCUAAGAAGGUUCAUUCAUAUAAGGAAAUUUCUCUUAAGGUAAAGAUGCGCAGAACUGACUAAGUGGAUUCUGUUACAAACUGGCUCUCAUUUUGUUGAGUAGCCUACAAAAAGAGACUGGUCAAGAUGAGAUCGUCGCUGCAUCAUGCUGUUCCCUUUUAUUCACCAUCAGGUCCAAAACACUGUAAAUUUCAAAACUUGGCACCACUCUAGAAUGCCUAGGAAUUCCCAUAAUUCUUGUACUAGGUUCAUUUGAAUCAUCAACUCUUUUUCAAAGUUCAUCAAUAGCAAGAAUAUUUUUGUAGCCAUCUGGGGAUGACGAUCAUGAUAUGCAACAAAGCCUGGAUUCUUUUUAUUGCGCAUGUAGUUUCAUCCCUGUAAACCAGACAUUUUAUUCUCAAGUUUAAAUGUUAGUUAUCCUUUUCUUUUCUUUA